GUGACUUUACCGAAAGAACCAAGAAAAUGUUGAUGGGUUAUUUCUUUUUUUUACAUGAUGCUGAAAGGCUUAAGUGGUCGUUUCUUCUCUGGCCUGGCACCUCCGAUUAGCGCGGUUGGCUACGUACGGUGCGAAAGAAGUUCAACAUACACAGUGGAAGAAUUAGAGACCAAGAACAUCGAUUUCAUGGCUUUUGCAAACUAUUUCUUGAGGCUUUUCGGUUGGACAGAUGAUGAGUUUGAGACUUAUCGGACCACAACGGAAUUUGGAUACGAAUUCAACGAAGAAGGGAGGCUCGAAAGUAUUCAGGAUGGAUCGUGCUUUCAGUUCAACUUUUACAACAACAAGAGUCGUGACCAGCGGCGUUACGAGGCACUGGGAGAGGUCAUAACCGAGUACGUGUACGAACUUCUGGUGAAGGAAUGUGGACUGGAAAAGCAUUACGUUCCUGUCGAAGCCAUAAAUGACAAUGAACCCUUCAGCUUCAUCUUCAUGAGCCCCGGGGCGCUGCAGCAGGAGAAGCUGCUGCUGCUCGUUCACGGGAGCGGAGUGGUGCGGGCCGGCCAGUGGGCUCGGAGGCUCAUCAUCAACGAUUGCCUCGACUCCGGCACUCAGAUCCCCUACAUCAAGCAAGCCAUGGAGGAAGGGUACGGUGUCGUGGUGCUGAACCCCAACGACAACCGCAUUGACGGAGAGAGGCUGGAGAGGGAGAGAAAGAGGAUGGAGGCCGACAAGAAGGGUCCGCAGCCCAAUUCUAUGGACGCCAACGCUGCAAGCGACUUGAGGAUGAGCGGUAGAUGGAGAGGGAGGCAUCAGAGAUAUCACUACAUCAGGGACAACGAAAGCCCCGAGCAGCACCUGCGGUACGUGUGGCAGCACUUCGUGCAAAAGUCCAGAGCAACAAGAGUCUUCCUGGUGGCUCAUAGCUGCGGUGGCGUACACUUUGUUAACGUGGUCAGCAGUUAUCCCGCUGUGCUGGACAGGUUGUCAGCCGUGGCUUUGACUGCCUCCCCCCACCGUCUUCCUCAGAAGAACAAAACAAUGUUGGAAUGGUUUAAAAAGAACAGUGUCAACUGGGUGACCAGUUCAGAGGCUUUGGACACCAGAAUUCAUGGACAUGGAGAUGCCUAUGUCCAGCUCUCCGCUGGCACAACGCAGCACGACAUGACCUCUUGGCUUGCGCUUCAGUCCAUCUUUAUAUACUUCGACAAUAAAUUGGAAAAUCCUGACUACCAGCCCGCAAGAGACAAACCAGACGAAACAGGCGAAGUCGUCAGGAGGAGACGGAGGUGACUGCGUCGCGACUUCGAAUGCGGCGGGCAGUGACGACGUUAGAGACGGGAAGGGCUUCGAUGGUGGACCCAAAUCAAGUGACUAUGUGAGGGCUACCGUCCCCCGCCAUCACUGAAUUGUCGUUUCCGUUGCUCACCGACUCCCCCGUUCCAUUCAUACCGCUACCUCCCCGGCUGCUCUGUCAGGUCCAGACUACCGACCCCUAAUGCCUCGCCCCCCUGUACCUCUGCCUGGGAUGUCGACCGCGUUUGCGUAGCUUAAUUAGCGGCUCGUACGCUUUGCGCUCGCGAUGCGCUAUCCUGUUCAACGGCGGCGUGCCGCGGUGGAGCGCGCUCGCAAAGUAAAACCCCGUCCUGCACGGGAAUAAACAGGCGCGGCGCGCCCCCGUGGGAUUCCCUCCCACCCACGCUCCACGCGCUUAAGCAAAAACAAACACGCCGCGAUUACUUUGCUCCGAUUUAACGGGCUGUUUACACGGCUGCGUAUUCGCACACGCCAGGCGCUUAAUUCGCUAUUAGACAAUAGCGCGAGUGCGCGACCACCACCCCGUCACACAGGCGUGCGAGCGCAAAGCGCUACUGUAGGCUAUUGCGCAGGUACGCGAGCGCUGGGCACCACCAAAGAUAUUCGUGUAGGUACGCACGCGCUGAACAAUACUGUAAACGAUCGUACAGGUACCGGCACUAAGCACGUUCUACUCCCUUAUUCGCUGCAAACAGCCGCGUAUGCGCGCGAACACAAAACACUCUGUACACACUCGUACCGGUAUGCGAACACCAAACACUCCGUCUCCCUCCUCGCACUCACAGUGACCACGACACAGC